AAAAACGCCCCAUGCAAUUGGCAAGGCAAAACAAGAGAGUCCAACGAGCAGAAGCAAAAGUUGGAAAGAACUCCUUCACCUUCAGACAGCAACUUCUCCGGGAAAUGGCGGACGCCGGCGGCAGCUAUCCAAUUCCGGUGAUCGAUAUGCAGGAUUUUCCGGGCGAGUCCGCGAAGCUGAUAAAGGCGUGCGAAGAGUGGGGAUGUUUCAGGAUUGUGAACUUCCAGGGGGUUCUCCCGGAAUCGCUGAUGCUGGAAAUGAAAGGGGUGAUGGGGUCGCUACUGGAGCUGCCGAGGGAGAUCAAGAUGAGAAAUCGGGAUGUGAUCGCCGGUAGUGGGUAUAUGGCGCCUUCCCAAAUAAACCCGCUUUACGAGGCGUUGGGGCUGUAUGAUAUGGCCUCUACGCCAUCUGUUGACGACUUCUGCUCAAACUUGGAAGCAACUCCUCAUCAAAGGGCAACAAUCUUAAAGUAUGCUAAAGCAGUGAGGGAACUGAUGAUGGAGAUUGGACAUAAAAUAGGAGAAGGGGUUGGGGUGCAUGAUGUUUCACUUGAGGAUUGGGUUUGUCAGUUCAGGAUCAACAGCUACAAAUUCAGCCCUGAAACUGUGAGUUCCUCUGGACUACAACUGCACACAGAUGCUAGCUUUCUCACUGUUCUUCAGGAUGAUGAAAUUGGUGGACUUGAAGUGAUGAAACCUUCUGGGGAAUUUGUGGCACUUCAUCCCUGCCCUGGAACCCUUGUUGUCAAUCUUGGAGAUAUUGCUGCUAUGUGGAGCAACGGGAGAUUCUUGAAUGUGAAACACCGCGUGAUGUGCAAGGAAGCAGGCAUAAGGAUUUCAAUUGCUUCGUUCCUGUUAGGACCGAGGGAGGCCGCGGUGGAGGCUCCGCCGGAGUUGGUCGAUGUGGAACAUCCUCGUCUCUUUGUUCCUUUCACUUAUCUGGACUACAGAAACCUACGGAUCCCAAAUAAGCUCGACACCGGCGAAGCCCUUCAUCGGUUGCGGCUUCACUAAUAAUAGUUGAGACAAAUUGCAAUAAUUUGAUACCUCAACUUUUGUGUAUUUGUCGUAUUGGUGCAUCAACUUUCUGACAUUGCUGAAUUGGCAUGUUAUUGUCUGAAUUCGAUUGGUUUAGUUUU